UCGUGGGAGACCGCGGACAAUACUCGGGCAAUUGUAUUACUGACUGGUAUUAAUAUUAGCCUAUGCGUUUUAUUGGAGGCGUAGCAUAGCAUAAUGCAUAUAGUUUUAGUGGCUUAUAGUUGAUGACCGCGUGCGUGCUACAGUCAGUGUUGGGUGUGCGCGACAUGCGUGAUGCUGAUGAGGCGGACAAGGCAGUGAAGCUAGUGAACACAAGUGAGGAUGCGGAUAUAGACGAGGAUCACAAUCAAACGACCACUGGUGUGUACGGUUCAAUACAGAGAACGAUGGUUCAAUAAUAAUGCUGUCAUCAUUCAACAUGGAGUGUGUAUGUUGAUGUUGCCAGGGCCAGGGUCAGGCCAGAAUGUGUAUCGCAACAUAAAACGCGCCGUGCACUUGCGCUCAUGCGGGCUUUUCAAUAUCCGCUGUGUUUUGUAGGAGGAUCGUAGAUACACGGUACAAUGCGUGAAUGGUGGACAUCUGCUUUUCACCCGGAAGAGCUUUCUUUAGCCUGGGGCAGGAGACGGGGAGAACGGCCCACUAACCCGGCCAGCAAUUUGGUGGCCCUCCCGAUCCUGUUGUUGUUUCUCGGUAUCCCAUCCCAGUACCGCGAGGGGUAUCUGUGGUUGUGUGCUGCGGGCACGGUGAGCGAGUACCUGCAGGAGAACUCUACGGGAGGAGGGGGCGAGUUGGAACGGUACGGCCCGCCGGCCAACCCCGUAGGACAAAGACUUCCCCUGCCAAGUUUGACCAACAAGCAUGUUUCAUAUAAGGUGCCUUUAAGACAAGACUCAGAUUACAAUAAUAAUAUGCACGAAAUGUUCAGAAGAACCACCGUUGGGAAAGGUGCUGAUGACAGGACUGAAAGAUUUUCCUGGAGGAAAACUCGGAGAAAGUCGAGGAGGCAUCGUCGGGGGGUUGUGGACCCUGACGCGCCAGAUGUACCCCCCACCGAUUGGACUGUGCAGCCCACCCCGACGGAACAAGGGGAGUUUCCACCGUCAAGUGUUAGUACUUUCACCCCAGUGCCUGAUUAUGCAAGCACGGCAAGUGCGCAGUCCGGUUCCGAUAUGGGGACCAGUUAUGCAAGAACUAGCAGCUAUCUGCAGUCGACGCCCAGCGUCCAAGAAGUAGAACUAGAAGCCACCACAAAUCGUCGACCGGGUGGCUUUUCCAGACCGAUUACUCCUCCCUCCCCGUCCCUCUCAGACACUGGAUCACAACGUACCACAAUCGCGUCAUUGACAUUCCAAUUCCCACCCACCUUCAUCCCACCACACGGGUCAACCCUGCCCAACCCAACCUCCCCGAGCGCCCCAGAUGAUCCCAACGCCCGCCCCACAACUCCCCCGGAAACCACGGGAGGAACCGCCUUCUCCGAUCGCCGGGACUCCAAUUCGCCUGAACCGAGUACACUCAGUCAGUCAUCAACCGUCACAGACGGCAUUUCGAGCUUUACUGAAGCCGAAACGGACACAGUUACCCCGGGAGACUUGGCAGCGGAAACGCGGCAAACGUCGCCGGCUUCGCGCUCACCGUCCACCGGAGUGAUUUUGAACAGCUCCGCUGAAUCGACGUCACGAGCUAGCACCGGCCUCACGGGUCCUUCAAAACUAAAUGUCGAGGGCAAGAGCGCCAAGCAGAGCAGCGUGUACACGAUCAUAUCGGAGAUCCACACUGAGCCUUCUAUCCUGAUCAUCAUGCCGUGUCUGGUGGGACUGGCCCUACUUGGACUCGCGGGGGCGGGCAUCAAGCGAUACAUCCUGCACUGGCGACUCGCCCACAUGGUGGAGCUGACCCGGGACCCGGAAAAGUUGAAGGAAGAUAAGGGGUACACGAUCGAGAACCCCAUGGUCAAAAGCAGACGUUCUUACAUCGAGCGACAGGUGGAGAAGACCCUCCAGCGAGUCAACAAAACGGACAGCAGCAACAGCAGCAGUAGCAGCACCCACAGCAGCAGCAGGAACACCAACAACAACAAGGACACCAAGGUGCGCAUGGAGAUCGCCACCAUCUCCGACGGGUCACUGCGCAGACCCGACAGACCACUGCGCAGAUCGGCCUCGGAGAGAAUAGCGCCCUCACAUCGGCGAUGGAGCAGCGCGGGCUACGCGAGGUCGGCGUCGCAGGCAAGUUGCCACUGCUGCUGCCACUGCUCGCAGUGCGGGAGGAUAGGGCGCCCUCUCCGUAACGGUAGUGUGCCAGUUGAGGCCACGACGAGAGUUUGAUAACCGAAGGGUAUUUCCCUCGAUGGAAACGAAUAGCGCCCUCCGUCGAUGAAAUUGAGAGACGGAUGCUUGUCUGGUUCCCUGACCUGACGACACCCUGACGUCUCGUAAUAGAUCGUAAGUGGGGUAGCAACCGAUGCAUUCAAAAUUAGAACGCAGCAUGACCCAGCAACGCCCUGCCUUAAUUCGACGUGUCCGAGUGCGCCGAUAACUUCGAAAAUGCGGGCAUCGAUUUAACGAACCUUUUAGGACUGCAUGCAAGCAUGACAAGUAUUUUGUUGGCAAAUUUGACCGUGUUAAACCCGGAAAAACCCGAACUAUCGCGAAGACAUCCGAAUGCCAACGAAAAUGUGUUCGGAAAUAUUCAGAUAUUUCGAAACGUACCUGAAGUACUUUAGAUAGUCAAAAUCUUUAGGUUUUGGGAACCAGACUCGACAUAAUGAACGGGGUUUUGUUGUGCUUGAGGUGGAUGAGAUAUAAAUAAAUCAUUAUUGUUUUGAUGUAUUUGUGAUUUUGUACAAAGUAAUGAAAAAAUAAUUACUACAUUGAUAUAUUUUUCUAUACUUUCGACUUUCGAUUUUGAGAUUCAAUCUGCGAGAUUCGAAGAUUGACUACAACGUGCCUGUCGAUACGGAAACCGAAUAUUGAUAAUUGAAAUUAAUCAAUGAAGAUAAUCCCGAAAUCACAAUCGUUUGACUUUGAUGCAAAAGGGAGAAAAUAUUGAUGGCAAUAAAAAAAAAAGAUGGAAAAUGAAUAUAUCAGCCUAGACUAUAAUAUCGGACGAGUAACAAGCACAUAGAAUACUGUGCACUGAGCGAACUGCCAAUAAAUAUCGUUAUAGCUGACCAUAAAACCAACUAGAAACGUAGACUUCGCUAAAAACAUUUUUCAAACUCUCGUAUUCGGAAUGGCGAUAAUGCAACACGGGAAUCGGGAACAAAAUUGUUCCUGUACUCAUUAUUUUGUGCAGGUACUGUGAUAUCUUCAGGAUGCAGACCUGUAAAAAGGCCAAGAAUUGCCUUCGCGGCCGGGCCAAAUCACGAUUUGUAUGCCCUCAAUUUCUUUGCUAUUAGAGCAUUUUGUGGACCAUGAACUUGAAGGUUUGUAAAAACAAGAUGGGUGGAAGCCGUGCACAGGAGUGUGAGCUCGUAUUUCUGUGAAAUGCCGAUGAAAUGGGGCCCUAAAAUUGCUCUUUUUUGCAGUGGAGCGUGGGCAUCAUGUUUCAAAAUGGCGAUGGGCUUUCUGGACUACUUUAGGGGUGAUCAUCUUUGGAUGGAAUUUUCUCCCAUUGGAUUACCACUCGAAAAUAUAACAGAUUAAUAAAAGAUGAUGAAAUAAGUGUUAAUUUGAUGGGUGUCUCAAACACCUUGGAGAGUUGUGAGUAUUUUC